UGAACAGUAUUGUACAAUUAUGUUUUUCGGCUAGCAGAAUUUAAUGCUUUGAUAUUUGUUAUAAAAAUAUUCAAUCUUCAAUUAAAAAAAUACGGAAAAUGAACUGUUGCAUUUGCCAGUUUUCUGUGCGCAACCCAAAAAACAUAUACGAGGAGACGAUUGGAAAGCCGCCCAUAUUAAUCAGCGACUUGGUCGUGCAAUGCACGAAGGGCACAAACUAUGUGCUCGCCGAGGUGGGCUCGACAAUAUGCAAGAAAUGCUGCGAGAAAUUGACGCGCUAUCACAAAUCCUUACAAAUCGCACGGAAGCUGCGCCAGGAGAUCCUCGAACUGAUACGUAGUCCAUUUAUAAUUAAGGAUUUCAAAUCGGCUAUCUCACGAAGUGAACACAAAAGCGAUGACCCUGACAAAUUCGAUGGCAACAUCAGCGUCGAAAUGGUCGAGACAGUGGAUGCAUGUGAUUUAGACGAUGGGACAGAUGCAAUGCCAGCUGUCAAGCCGACAAUCGUGGAUCCAACAUCGGUGACAGAGGAAAGGCUGGAGGAGGACGAUGUAGAUGUCAAAAAUGAGCACAAUUUCAUUGUAAAGAACUCUGAUUGCGAGGAAGAGGAAUUCCAAGCGAUCGACCUGGAGUUAGAUAUUGAAAAUGAGAUAAUUAUAAAUGAAGAGGUCCCCGAAGCGGAUUUGGACGAUGAUGAGACGAAGCAAACAGCGGAUGAAAUAGAAAUAUUUAGAGAGGACAAGGAUGUGCUAAGUGAGUUCGAAGAUCAGAUGGAUGGCACUAUCGAAUACCUAAUCUCAGAUGCUGAGGAUCAGGACAGUUCAGGUGACUACACAGUGAACAUACAAUGCCCCAGCUGCCCCGAACAGUUCAGCAGUCGUCGGGCAUACAAUGCACACACGAAACGUGAACACUUUCCUGGCUAUGUGUGCGAUCAGUGCGGCAAGACGUUGCAAUCCUAUUCGGGCUUCAUUGGCCACCUGCAGAACCAUGAACCAGUCAAACAGUUCGAGUGCCCUCAUUGUGGCGAGCGUUUUAGUCGCAAAUUCCGACUGAAACAUCAUAUGGCAUGGCACACGGGCGAAACGCCGUAUCAGUGCGAGGUGUGCUCGAAACGAUUCGUACACAAGGUGGCGCUGUACAAGCACAAAAUGAUCCACGACAGCGAAUCGAAGCGACUGGAGUGUCAAGUCUGCGGCUUCAAGACGCGCACCAAAGCCCAUCUGGAGCGUCACACACGCUCCCACACGGGCGCCAAGCCGUUCGCCUGCCCUGUCUGCAAUAAGCGCUUCUCCCAAAUGUACAAUAUGAAGGCGCAUCUGCGAGAGCACGAGAAUCCGGGCAGCAAUCGGCACAGGCGCUUCCACUGCCCCAAGUGCACGCACACAUUCAUCAAUGAACAGAACUAUUUAAGUCAUUGCCAGCGGGACGAUUGUACGCCAGUCUAGCGUUUCACAUGAUUUUGUUUACGAUUUAUACAUACACCUCUAUUAAUUAUAUGUUGGGACAGCUAAAUAAAAAAAUAAAAUCGAUUUCA